CUUGUGCUAACCUUCUGUAUUGUCCUUUUUUCAGACAACCAUGGGUAAUUUUCCAGGCCAUGCUACACCAGGCAGCAUCUUCUUGUUCUUCGCCAUUUGGUGGACCAUCAGGUAUUCCGUGAUGUGGGCCAGUCGGAUGGGAGGCCGAAAGACCAGCUCUGCUGUCUGCUGGAAGAACGCCCCUCUCCUGUGUCGCUUCCUGAGCAGGGUUCCGAUGGAAGGACUGUGCAAGAUCUUAUUCCCAUUAACAGGUCUGUUGGGUGAGCAGAUGGCCGCCCACUGGACACUCAUUGACCCAGUCACCGGUCAGUUCCACAUGCUGGGAAACUGGCAGCACACCACCAUGUACCUUUUCUUCGCCCUCAGCGGCUUCUUCGACGUCCUCAUUGCCCUGAAGGCGCCCGUACCCAGCGGGAUAGACCACCUCUCCAUGUCCCUGGCGUAUGCGGUGGAAGGGGUGCUAUUUUUCUACCACCUACACGGGCGCGCUGACCUGGACGUCCGUCUGCACAAGCUGUUGCUGCUGGCCGUGGCGCCGUGUGUGACGGUCAGUAGCCUGGAGGCCUGGAGGCCUAACACCUUACUCCUGCCCAUGGUCAGGGCAGCAUUCACACUGGUACAAGGGACCUGGUUCUGGCAGGUUGGGUGGAUUUUGUAUCCUCCCUUUCCUGGCCAUGAGUGGGACCUGGAGAGUCAUGAAAACAUGAUGUUUGUCUCCACGGCUUUCUGUUGGCACAUACUGGGCAUCCUGCUCUUCAUGUGUGUUGUCUACACAGUGGUUUAUCACAUCUACCAAGCCAAGGAGAAGCAGAGAGGUACCGAGCUGGAGCUGGGACCGCUGUCUUCUCACAUGUUACAGGCACACUCUGACUCAGAACUGGACUGAUGAAAGUCUUUUC